AUGACGUCUGAAGAAGUCCCGAUCUCUGAAGAGCUGAAGGGAUGUUACGAAAAUCUCAUUGUAAUCGACAUUGGCGCGAACUUGACGAACAAGAAAUACGGCCGUGAUCUCGAUUCUGUUAUUCAAAGGGCAAAAGAUGCAGGUGUCCAGAAGAUCAUGGUAACAGGCACAUCCGUUCGAAGUAGCAAAGAAGCAUUGAGACUAACACGCCUCUACCCCAGCACUAUAUAUUCUACCGCAGGUGUCCACCCUCAUGAUGCAAAAUCGAUGUCCGAAGAAGAACUUUGGAUGGAAUUAGCAAGUACGGCAGCUGCCCCGGAAUGUGUGGCCAUCGGAGAAUGUGGUCUUAAUUACACCAAGGACUUCUCGGAACCCAGUGUACAAAGAGAGGUGUUUAAACGGCAGGUGGAAAUGGCCUGCGAUCUCCGCAAACCUCUAUUCGUCCACGAAAAAGAAGCCCAAGAGGAUCUCAUAAAAAUCCUCGAUGAAUUCGCCAAUCGUUUACCACCAGUGGUCAUACAUUCAUUCACUGGUUCAGUUGAGCAGGGUUUGAAAUACAUAGAAAAGGGUUACUACCUGGGUAUAACUGGGUAUAUAUGUAAGGAUAAAUCCGAUGGUGGGAUCCGAAGACUGCUGUCAGAAGGGAUUCUGCCUCUAGAUAAACUAUUGGUGGAGACUGAUUCGCCGUUCAUGUAUCCUAACAUGAGAGCCUCCAAACUGCCGCUACACGUGAAGGACUCAUUGACUGAGAGGUCAAUGAACUUCGUGAACCGCUACUGUACCUUCCAACGUAACGAGCCGUGUUCCCUGCCUGCCGUUGUGGAGCUGGUCGCCGGCUUCCUAGGGCAGAGUCCCGAGGACGUGGCGCUCGCUACGGCCUUCAACGCGCUCAAACUGUUCGGACUCAGCCAGUAG